AGGUUUCUGUUUCUUCCUGUGACAUCAUCGCAUCAUGCCUGAAGGGUCACGGCGAGGCAGCCAGAGAUCGCCUAGCAACACAGCCGCCAAGCGUCCCUCCUCAGUCUCGUCCCUGAGUGGGAUUGUGGGUAGGAUGAUGUCAUCAGGCGAUCGAGGAGCAUCGUCCUCCUCCUGCACCUCCGUCAACACCGUCUGCUCCGACGGCGAGCGCCCCGCCUCCCUCUCCCUCUCCUCCUCCGCCUCCUCCGUCUCCCUGCAGGACGCCUCCCACUCCUCCUCCUCUUCCUCCUCUUCGUCCUCGCUGCCGUACGGCGCCGUGCCGACCUACAACGCCUCCUGCUCCUCCUCCUCCUCCUCCACGCCGAAGAGGAACGGCUCGGACAUCAGUCUGGACCUCACUCCCCUCGUCACGCCACAUGGAGGAGGAGUCCCUGGAGGAGGUGGGGCUUGUGUUGCCAGGGUGAUAGGAGGCCACGCCCCCAAUGGACACCUGACCAAUCCGGUGGCGGCGCCGGCGGCGGUUGCUUUGCCCCGGCAGCUUUCACGCCAGGAGCGGGUCGUCAUGGAGAUCGUAGAGACAGAACAAGCCUACGUCAGAGAUCUGAAGAGCAUCGUGGAG